AUGGCGGACACCGAGUUCUUCGCGCUAUCACGUUUAAGCUUUCAGACGAUUCUGGUGCUCUCCGUUUCUUUCCUUCUUGCGUACCUGUUUCUUCGACGACCUAGGAACCUCCCUCCGUACCCUGCAGGGUGGUGGCCUUUCUUCGGGCACCUCCUCGCCUUGGGCCGAGCGCCUCACCUCAAGCUGACGGCGUGGAGGCGGCAGUACGGGGACGUCUUUACCGUCAGGUUGGGGAUGACAGACGUGGUGGUUCUGAACGGCUACAAAGCAGUAAAGGACGCGCUCGUGCACAGGUCCGACCUGUUCGCAUCCAGACCUCCAAAUUACACAUUUGACUUUAUCACUGGAUUUGGAAAAGGUCUUGCAACUGCCCGAUGGGGACAUGGGUUCAAACAGAAGAAGAAGUUCACUACCAGUGCCCUGAAGACCUUGGGUAUGAAAGUGGGAAAAGGCAGCGUUGAAGACAAGAUUCGAGAAGAAGCCAGGUGUUUGUGUGACAAGGUUGCAGAGUAUGGUGGGAAUCCCUUUGACGUCGAGGAAGACUUACGUACCACGGUAGCCAACGUUCUUGUCUCCAUGGUGAUUGGCAACCGUUUUGACUAUGGAGAUGAGCGGUUCCGGGAACUGUCAGAGGCGAUGGUCGGUACCCUGGUCAGCAUCACAGCUGGUCAGCUGGUCAGCCUCUUCCCUUUCCUGCGAUUUGUUCCGUAUGUGAACAAGUCUUACAAUGAUACGAUCAAGUACAACGAUAACAUUCUGAAGUUACUGAGGGAAGAGAUAUCUCGCCACCGUCGUGACUUGGACCGCGAGAAUCCACGAGACUUCAUCGAUUAUUGCCUGGUUGAGGUGGAUAAUCAUGACAAGGUCGACAACCUGACAGAGGAGAAUGUGAUGUAUUUUGGUCAAGAACUCUUCUUUGGUGGGAUUGACACAACUUUCAACACCCUCCGGUGGAGUCUCCUGUACAUGGUACUAAACCCAGAUGUCCAGAGGAAGGUACAGACGGAGCUUGAUGCAGUUGUUGGAGGCACCUCGCCCACCCUGUCCCAUCGUUCUCAGCUGCCCUACACUGAAGCUACUCUGGCGGAAGUACAGCGUAUCCGGACGGUGGUCGCUCUAGGUCUGCCCCAUGCCACCACACAACAAGUCACAGUAGCUGGGUUCGACGUUCCGGCCGGAACUCAAGUCAUCAUGAACUUGUACUCCCUACACGUGGACGCUGUUUACUGGCCGGAUCCGGAAAAGUUUGACCCCGGCAGGUUUCUGAACGCUGAAGGACACGUCAUGAGAAAUCUGGAUUCCUUCAUGCCGUUUUCCGGAGGACGUCGUGUGUGCCCUGGAGAGCAGCUCGCAAAGAUGGAACUGUUUCUUCUCUUCUCUAGCUUGCUGCAGCACUUCACUUUCAAGCUGCCAGAGGGCGCCCCGCCUUUGUCUACUGAAGGGAUAUUGGCGAUCACACUUACAACUCAUUCGUAUAAACUCUGCGCUGUUCCUCGUUAAUUUGUAGUGGCAAAAACUACCUCAACAAGUUCCACAACCUCAUACAUUCCCCAAAUUACGUUUC